CCUUUCUCUACAUUACUUACAUCUCUGUUUCAUCCCCUCCUUCCUCUAAAACUCAGUUCUUUAUCCUCCCUUCAACUCUACCUGAACUAAAACAAAGCAAAUAAAAGUAUAUAUAGGCACUAAACUAAUUUAUCUCUCUCUCCCCAGGAUAUUCGAGAUCAUGGGACGCAACGAUGGAGCAUUGGCUAGGAUUUGUUGCAUGUGUGGGGAUCAUGGCCUCCUGACGGAGCUCUUCCGAUGCAAAUCCUGCCUCAUUCGAUCACAACACAAGUACUGUAGUAAUCUGUACCCAAAAUUCCAGUCUUAUCGAGCAUGCAACUGGUGCUUGAGACAAGAAACAAAGGGUGGUAAUUUGAACGACACCAACCACAACUACGCUAUACCUUCUCCUUCUAAUUACAACAAUGAAGGCAGUAGCAGCGAUACCUCCAGAGUGAAGUUAAAGAGAGGAGUAUUUCCACAGUAUCUCGACGAGGCAGUAAAGAAACAGAAAAUGCAAGAAAUCAAAAUAUCGCAGACUAAGAAUGAUCAAUCAAUGGGAAAAGAGGAGAUCACAACAAGUUUGAGGGGAGAGAAGCAAGUGUUCAGAGGUAAAGUCAGAAGAUACAAGCUCCUAGAAGAGGUAGCCUAAUUUUCUUGUAGUUUCUAUUAUCUUUUCGUGUAAACUAUGGAAAACUGUCUCAUACUACCGAACUUUGGCAAGAGCAUUUCUUGCUCGUUUAGAUUAUGUAAUAGUCCUUCCUUGUCUGAGAUAUUGUGUUGCAUUAAAUUUUGGCAAGAAUCCCAGUGAAGUUACUAAUUAUCUACAAAUUCUUAUGGAGAAAACAAUGUAUAUUUGAAGAAUUAAUAGCAUACAUACAGUCGUGGCAGGUGUUUGC